UAGCCGAGACGUGAAACCCUACAAGUGAAGUGUAACUUUAACUCUAACUGGUCGCGUCGUAAGUUCGUCAACUGGAAGUUAGUUGCACUUUAGCUACGCUACGGUAAAGCAGUUUUUUAACAUUAAUUUCGGUUUCAUUGCAAAUUUCGAAAGUGAAUACUCAAGUGAGCCAACUGUUAUAUUUGCAAAAAUUGUUUGCAAUGUCGGAUGAAACUACGCCGUUAACAUCUUCACAACCACCUGGACCGAUGCAUGUCUUUCCAGGUGGUGUUUCACCACGUUCAAGACGACAAAAAAUGUGUCAGUAUCAAUUUUGCAUUGGAUUAAUGCUUUUUGUAAUAUUGAUUGCGGGACUAGUUUUAGCUUUGGUGUUGACUGAUAAUUAUUACUUGGAUCCACAAGAUCUGGUGCUUAAUUUGGCAACAAACAAUACUCCGAUUACAAAUGCAACUAUACGUGACAUUUUAGAGUCAACUACAAAACCCAUUCCAGACGAGCCCGUAGCUAAAUGGGCUCUAAAACAUUUAAACAAAACUACCGGCGAGCAAGCAAUAGGAGCUGGCAUACAAGCUUUGGGAGAUCGUGAAAUAAUGGAGGAAGGCAUGGAAACAACACCGAUUGAUAGCCCGGCUUUUCGACAUUAUCGUUCACUGAACACAAAUCCGGAAGCAAGAAAAAUUGCACGGCGUGGUUAUGUUGAAAAUCAAGCAACAAUACGUAUCGCACAAAUGUUUAACUAUACCAAGAUACCGGGACGCAGUAAUAUUGGUAUAGGACCGCGCAUCGACCUCCCUGAUCCAACACUCAACUUUGCUUGUGAUUUUAAUGAACGUUAUCGACGUAUGAAUGGUGUUUGUAAUAACAAAUUACAUCCUCGUAACUAUGGCGCUGCAAUGACUCCUUACAGACGGAUGGUAAGUCCAGAUUAUGCAGAUGGUAUAGCCCUGCCACGUGGAAGUGUCAAUGGUACUAUUACUGCUUCAUACCUGCCCUCAGCUAGAGAAGUUUCGCUUAAGAUCUAUCGUGCUUCAUAUGAAACUGAUUCUAAUUUUACUGUGAUGUUGGCAGUUUUCGGUCAGUUUCUGGAUCAUGACAUAACGGCAACAUCGCUAACUACAUCGCAAGAAGGUGAAUCCAUUAAUUGCUGCACACAGCCACCAAACACACAUCCCGAGUGUUUCCCAGUACCCAUAGCAUCAAACGAUCCGUACUAUAAACAAUUUAAUGUCAGUUGCAUGAAUUUUGUACGUUCAGCACCGGCCAGUACUGGGCACUUUGGACCACGUCAACAAUUGAAUCAGGCUACAGCUUUUAUAGAUGGUUCUGUGGUAUACGGUAAUACAGAUAUCCGUCAGGAAUAUUUGCGUACUAUGAGCAAUGGAACUUUGCGCAUGUUUAUCACCAAAGAUGGGCGUGAACUACUUCCUCUAUCUACCAAUUUUGAUGAUGGUUGUAAUCGUGCACAGAUGGCACGUGAUGGAAAGUACUGCUUCGAGUCUGGAGAUGAUCGUGCUAAUGAAAAUUUACUUUUAACCUCAAUGCAUUUGCUCUUUGCUCGUCAUCAUAACUACUUAGCUCGGGGAUUGCAAGAGGCUAAUCCAAGUUGGGAUGAUGAAACUGUGUUUCAAGAAGCGCGUAAGAUUCUGAGUGCACAAAUGCAACACAUAACAUACAAUGAAUUUUUGCCAAUCUUAAUUGGUCGUGAUCUCGCCCAAGCGAAAGGGUUGUUGCCAAGCACAAACAAUUUUAAAGCACCAGAUACAUACGAUUCUAGCGUUGAUCCAACGAUAGCCAAUUGCUUUGCAUCGGCAGCGUUUCGUUUCGCACAUACUUUGUUACCGGGUCUUUUCAAUAUGACUAGAGAUAACAGUACAUCAGAAGCUAUGGAACUCCAUCAAAUGCUAUUCAAUCCUUUCUCCUUAUGGAAGGAAGGUGGAAUUGAUAGUGCCCUUGUUGCAGCUGCUAAUACACCAGUACAACGUGUCGAUCGAUUCUUUUCGUUAGAGGUUACACAAAAAUUAUUCGAAAAUAAUGUGGGUAACAAAAGACCUAUUUGUGGCUUAGAUUUGGUCUCACUAAAUUUACAACGUGGUCGCGAUCAUGGUCUACCAACAUAUACAGUUUUUAGACAACAUUGUAAUUUACCACCAACCGAUACUUGGGAACAUAUGGCUGCAGCUGUUGACACCGAUUCUUUGCAAACUAUAAAACAGAUUUAUAAUUCACCACUUGAUGUUGAUGUUUACACUGGGGCAUUAAGUGAACCACCUAUGGAGGGUGCCAUAUUUGGUCCUCUGCUUACUUGCAUGGUAUCCGAUCAAUUUUUACGUUUAAAAAUGGGCGAUUCACAUUGGUAUGAACGUAAGAUUGGGCCACAAAGAUUUACAAAAGAUCAAUUGCGAGAAAUAUAUAAAACUCUAUUAUCUGAAAUAAUUUGUCGUAAUUCAGACUCACUGCAAAAAAUUCGAAAAUAUGUGAUGGAGAAGCGUAAAGAGAUACCUAACGUUUAUGUCUAUUGCAGCGAAAUGCCUUCCUUCAACUUUAGUUUAUGGGUGUCAGAGCCUCGUAAACUGUACACUGCGAAUCUGGUUAGUCGCCCUAUGACUCUAGUGCGCGUUAUGAGUGACAAAAAAAAUACGCUACACCAAAAUACAAUAACUGACUUACCAUUAAAAGCGACUUAAAAGAAAAAUUUUAAAAAA